AUGGCUGCUUUUCAGACCAACUCCAGCAUCGCGAUGGCUCUUGCUGGCAAGACCAAGACCGCUUCUGUCGAUAUCCCUCAUCCUCGAGCCGGCGCCGGCGCCCGCAAAACCGCGUCGCGACCAGGCCACCCGGCCAUGCUCCCAACGCCACCCAACUCCAUCUCGCCCACCCUCCCCCCACAAGCCUUUAAGCAUCGCCCCGCCCUGUCACCAGGAUCCCCGCUGUCCACAGUACCCCAGCUGGACUCCGAUAUAGAUCUCCAGGACGCCGUCGACCAUGCCAACAGCCAGAACCACCCUGAGUCGGCUGCGCAUGAGGAUCUCGACAGUGCCGGCGCGAUCACGCCCGCUAUGUUGGCCAGAUACCACCUGCCAGAGAUUCUCCUGCAGCAGGGCCCCCUCGCGAUCCGUCACGUUAUGGGUUUCCUGACCACCUCGGUGCCUGGGUUCUCGCGCAUCCCACCUGCCAAGGCGCGUCGACUCGUCGUGGCGGCGCUCGAGGGCCGUGGGAACGGCGGCGAGGCAGGCGGCGUCGAUGGCGAUGUGCUCUUUGAGAAGGUCGGCUGGGGACGUUGGGACGCGCGCCGUCGUGGGGACUCCCCGCGCGAUCGUGAGCGUUCGUUCGCCGUCUCCUCGCCCCCGUCCAGUCUAGCUGGCUCCUUUCAGCAGCGUGGGCUGCAGAUCGAGGGCCGGCGUGGCUCGACCUGGUCUGCUGUGCGGAACCCGUACGGUGUCAGCAUGGCGGACUCGACGGCGUUCUCCUAUACAGAGGACUAUGGCGGUCACGAGGACUUGGACAUGCUUGAACACGAGGCUGACAAGAUGUCGCUGGAUGGCGACGACGGCCACGAGUACUGCUCUUCCUCCGAGGCGCCGGACGACCUACAGGACGAGGAGUGGAAUGAGGGUGACGUGACGGACGAAGAAGACUGGGCACAGAUCGGCGCGGAUGCCCUGCGCGCCCGCUCGAUGAAUGCCGGUGGUGGGUUCAUGCGCAACAGCAACGUUGCCGCUCGAGCGAAGCCUCUGCCCGUCGGGGCGUUUGGCAACGCCAGCUUCGGCGGACCCACUGUGGCCAAGUCGGCGCCCCGCAACUUCGAUACUCAGGAACGCGCUGCGGUAGAGGCGCUUCUCAGCCUGGGCUCUAUGUAA